CAACAAUGUGAGUCAGCGACUGCCUACCAAGAACAUUCUUCUACUGUUGGAGGGACGUUCAGAAAUUCAGAAAUUCAGGUUUCGGACUCAGAUUACCUUCCACCAAAUGGCUUACUGCACCAAAUCCACAGUCAUCAAGGCAAAAGAACCAAAGUGAAACCGAUUAUUCAUUGUCUUGUGGACACCAGUACUUCUUGCCUUGAAAGUACCACUAGCUCAAUGUUACCUCCAUCCCACCUAUUUUCUUCUCAAAAGGAGACCAAAGAAGUUUUUGUAGACAGAAUGAAAGUCGGAACGGUUCUUCAGAGAGACAACAGCAGAAGCCUAAAAGCUGCCCCCUAUCCAGGGGUGCUUCAUAAAUUGUCGCGAAAAUUCAAACGGUCAAACAUGCGUCGCUAUACGCUUGCAAAUAAAGGCCAUAAAUUAGUCAAACGAUUAUGCCUAUCAUCACCCUUACGGGACCGAGAGCGCAGAGUCAAACGAUGCAGAAUUAAGUUCACAACCAAGCCAAAGAUACAAUCCUGGAAACGCAGCGCACGUAUUUUGCUAAACGACAGAAUCAAUGAGAACGGGCUGGACGAAUACAGCACGCUGUUUAUGACCACAGGCUUUCCGGUCAGUGACACAUUCGGUGUAUCAGUACAACGCGUUUUCCUCUUCCCCCCGCGAAAAACCUAUAAAGAGAUCGCGCGGCAUUCUAUAACCCACAUGUGUUUGCUUGAAAAUGUGGUUGAAAGUAAAUAUUCUUGUGACAGAUCGAUAAACACCAUCACCACUGCGCACACCUCGCCUACUGAUGAUGUUUCUAGCCCAAGUACAAUAAAUUCUCACGAGCGUGGCAUUAUUCAAUCAGAAGACGGAGACGCAACCGUUUCUUUCGGUAAUGGUGAGCUAGACAUAACCACAUGUUCUACACACUUCAACGAUAGUCUGGACGGAUCCGAUAACAGCUCUGAUUCGUCACUAUGGCGCAAUCUGGACGAUUCCGGUUUUCCUUCUUUUAUCGACCAAAGAGGAUUUGACAUCAGAAGUUUUCACACGGAUAUGGUCAACGCGGUUUUACAGAAGCGGAGGUACUCAAACUGGAUGGCUGCAUUCUUUAGCGAUGAUAAAUCACUUGAUGUAAUCCCCGAGUGCACGAAGAUUCGAGGCGCAAAGGCGAUCUUACAGAUCAUGAACCUGAAAGAACCAAAACGCCGUGCCGAUGGGUUCGGCUGGAGCGAGCAGCAUUGCAAAGUACGCAAUAGCAGAGCUUGCACACAUCAAACUGGCUGCAGACCAGUUAGACGAUCAAAGCGGAAAGGAGUCAAACCUGAGGUGUCAGCUGACUGCACACACGAACGCACUACAGGAACGCCAACUCAAUCCGCCAUCAGAUCAGAGGACGUGAACAACACAUACGUACUACCAGCUUGGUGCGCCACAGUUCCUUCCAGUGUUGAAAGGAUCAAGGAUGAUAGUCUGAAGACAAGCUUACAUUUGAAUUCGGGCAAAGUAUCCGCGACUUCCGGAAAUAAUGGUUUCAGCUUCCUACCAGACAGUAUUCAGAGGGAUUCGUAUCCUUCCUCUAAUUAUUCAUGCUCUUCCCAGCAACGUUCAUCCAAAAACGUUCCAGGUGUCCGUCUAGGAUCUUCCCAAAGCUGCUCGAAUGAGGUGCCACAAAAAAUUGUAUCUCCAAAGCCGACUCUUAUCACUCCGAUCUCUGAGAAAGAUUUAGUAGAUAGCUGCCUUUCAUCGACUUCUCCAGAUUUGCAUUAUUUACACAAGCUGGCUCAAAAUAGGUCACCAUCCGCUGAAGAACUUUCGAAAGGCCUGUCCGAGUUGAAAGCUUUACAGCAGAGACGGAUAAAAGGGACUGACCUCUCUAUGUCAUCACGCCUUGUCAUACAAGAACUGAUAACCCAACUUGAAAGUUCACUCCUCGAUUCAGACUGCUCAAAAUCAGUGCGUUUUACGGCCAACAGUCGAGCACGCCUAAAGCAACUUCUCGAAACUAUCACUACUAACCAGAUUUUCACAGUAUAUGGAAACAAUCAAAAAGUAAAUGACGGGAAUGAAGAGGAAGAGAAGCACGAUGAUGGACCUUGUCAGACGCACACAGAUAAGGCGAAUCAACUAGUUUCGUCAGCUGUUGAUGCCAUUCUGUGUGCAGUGGGAAAUGCGUGUUUAACGCAUCCUGAAUAUAUGGCUCUGCGGCAACACCUACUAAAACUGCUUGAAAAAAAUCAGUCCGCAAACGCGAACACUCCCCUACAACCAGAUAGAUUCGCUUCCCCG